AUGUGGAUCUCUCCCCCUCGACAGAGAUCGCUUGCAGGCUUUUGCCAGCUGCACCCGUCCCCCGGGGCCCAGCUGCUCCUGGGGCUGGCAGGCUCCGUUGCCAUAGCUCAGCUGGAUGAUGCGUGGCCCCACCUGCCUUCGGACAAGGAGCCCAGUCGAAAGGAGGAGAAUGCCAGCGACGACAUCGUGGGGCCUCAGACCAGCUGCUGUUUUGAUUCUCGGGCUGAUAUUCACAGUGGGGCUCUUGGCAUAGAGGCCCAGAUUGACCAUAGUUCCUGGCCUCUGCCGGGGGCAUUCAGAGCCGUCCUGCCUCCAAGCCUAGAAGUUCUACGUAGUCUUCAGCCAGUGACCACCGGUGGCCUCUCCCUCAGCACCCGCUGCCCUCUCCUGGCUAGUGACAUGUCCUCUGGAGAAGCUCUUCUUUCUAUGGUGUCUCGGUUCCUGUCCGUUCAGCAGUCCAACAGCAAAGCAGCGCCUCCACCCCCCAUCGGCGUCAAGUCUGCUCAGACCCCUUCUCCGGAGGCUGAAGAGAUGCAGAAGCUGCUACUGCUGCUGGAGUGGCCAGCUCCCCCCUGGGACGCUCAGGCCUUCCCGUCCUCCACCAGCCCAGAGAAGAGCUGCUAUCAGCUCUGGUACCCCCAGCACAAUUACACAGUGGGCGACACGCUGCGGGUUUGGUUGGAGGCCCGGGACCACCGUGGGCAGCCCAAGCACUACGGCGGGGACUUUUUCCGUGCCAAGGCGCACUCCCCGGAGCUGAAGGCGAGCGUGGCUGGAACCGUGCAGGACCACGGAAACGGCACCUACGCGCUGACUUUCCCGCUUCUCUGGGCAGGUGCAGUGCAAGUGUCCGUCCGCCUCAUCCACUCCAGCGAGGCCGUGGCCCUCCUGCGCCACGUUCGCCACUCCCACCCCUCCACAGUCGCCUUCUGGGGUUACUACGAGAAGCCUGGACAGCCCGGCUCAGAGGAGCGGACGGAGUGCAACAUACACCCACUGCCAGGCCCGAACUGCCAGUAUGCGGAUGCCGGGACCGGGGAGCGCUGGUUCUGUGCUCGGCCACAGCACCUGCCUUGCAACACCCUCGUGCAUCACUCUGCCGGGCGCUACAAACCGGUGGUCAGCAAUGCAGAGAAGGCCUUCUUGGAUGGGGCCGUGACAGACCGGACGGUGCCAGGGAACGUGACCACCAUCCAGGUACUGCCAGGAGCCCACCUGAUGGCCAGCCCCCCGCCUCGCCUCUGCCUCCCAGGACUCAACUCAACCCACCCGCCGGGCUUCUACUACAGAGACGUGUGGGUGUCCCUGAGAUGCGCCGGCCGCACGUUCCCCACUGCAGACCUGGCCUUGGGCUGCCUGCGGGGCAAGAUUGUCCACAUGAUGGGAGACUCCACCCUGCGGCAGUGGUGGGAAUACUUGGUGGCUUUCAUCCCCUCACUCAAGCACAUUGACCUCCACGGGACCUACCAGUCUGGCCCACUGCUGGCUGUGGAGCCUGCUCAAGGACUGGUGUUGCGGUGGCGGGCACACGGCAUCCCCCUGCGCACUCAGAAGACCAAGAUAGCUGACCUGCACUAUGUGGCCAAUGAGCUGAAUGCACUGGGCGGGGGCCCACAGGUGGUGGUGGUCUUCACCCUCUGGGCCCACUUUACUACUUUCCCGACAGAGCUGUACAUUCGCCGACUGCGCAGCGUUCGGCAGGCCGUAGCGCAGCUUUUGGCCCGCAGCCCCUCCACCACCAUUGUGAUCAAGACGGCCAACACUGGCUACAAGUCUGUCUACGGCAGCGACUGGCUCUCCAUGCAGCUGGACAGCAUCCUCCAUGCCAUGUUUGAUGGCAUGCGAGUGGCCGUCGUCGAUGCCUGGGCUAUGACCUCUUGCCACUACCUCCCCGACAACAUCCAUCCCGGCAAGCCUGUUAUACGUAAUGAGGUUGAUUCCUUCCUUUCAUAUGUCUGCCCCAAAGACUGAGGUGGGACAGGGAGUGAGGUAGUGUGAGUAAGGGUAAAAGAUGACUAUGGAAGCAACAGGUCUCCCAGUAUUCAACCUCUGGGACCCCCGCCCCCCACUCUGCUGCUUUCAGUAGGCAUGGGACAAUCUGGUUCUCUGUCGCAAGUCCACCAUGGAUCUGUCUCAGUCACCCAGUCAGAUAUUUAUGAACCCACGGGUGGAGGCAUAAGUCAAUCUGAAAUAUUUCAAAAAUUCUCAAUUGAAGUCUGAUACACUUUAGAUUGCCGAAGUGGACAGAACCCCCAUAUGCCAGGUCAUGAGGAUUCCUCUGGAUCCCAGACUGCAGAGUGACGCUGACCGAUACGAUACUACAACAGGAUAUGCUACCUGCUUAUUACCGUAUAUACUUGUGUAUGUCGAGUUUUUCAGCACAUUUUUUGUGCUGAAAAAGC